GUCGCUCCACCGUUCACAUUUUGCUUAACCUCUAGAGAUGGUUGAAUAGACAGCUUUUAACUCGAUGCAAUUUUGUAUAGGCUAUACUGUCAUAUAAUAGUUACAGGCUACCAAAAUUAUCUCAAUGAUAUAAUCCAAAGACAAAAGGGAAGACCAUUAAGAUUUUACUAUUUAUGUUCUAGUAAAGAAACAUGUAUGGGAAAUGAUUUAAAUGCGGAAAAUUCAACAAUACUAAGCGUCGGUAUGCUUCAUAAACGGCAAAAGAUAAGGCGAAAUUACGGCGUAGAAACUGCAUUGCGGUUUCGCUUAAAUACCACAGAAAAUAUUCUGAAAAACAUAUUCCUUGACAGAAGGAAAUAAACCUACUGCAAUAGAAAUUACCAUCGCCUUCCGUCCACAAGUAUGAACAAAACGACAACUGAAAACAUGACUGAGAAACCCAGUUUGUGGAUAUUUGGUUACGGUUCCUUGGUCUGGAAACCGGAUUUCACAUUCAAAAAGAGAAAAGUUGGGUACAUCCAGGGUUACAAGCGACGCUUCUGGCACGGUGAUAUUUUUCACAGGGGAGAUGAAGAUAUGCCUGGCAGAGUGGUGACUCUUGUUGAAGAUAAAGACGCGUGUACUUGGGGUGUGGCUUACGAAGUAAAUGGCUCAGAGAUUGAAGAGUGCCUAAAGUACCUGAACAUGAGGGAGACCGCGUUGGGGGGUUACAUCACCAAGGCUGUAGAGUUCUUCCCCCGUGAGGAGGGCCACCUGCCACACCUGGCCCUGGUCUACAUCGCUACCUGCGACAACCCUAUCUACCUGGGGCCCGCCAGUCCUGAAGAGAUUGCAGCCCAGAUCGCCAUCUGCAGAGGCAAGACAGGCCACAACAUUGAGUACCUGCUCCGCUUGGUAGAGUUCAUGAGGUUUUACUGCCCGGAAGUGGAGGAUGAACAUCUGUUUGCCAUUGAGGCUGCCAUCCUAUCACUGAUGCCUUACCUGUUGGGAUCCAAGCAGGCCAUGGCUGCUAUUGUAACUGCCUGAAUGUGCACUAAACUUAAAUGACACAUUACUACAAAACAUAAACGUAGUCAUAUUAUGAGCCACUGUAUUGUGUUUCUGUUAUUAUCCACAAAAUGUCCUUAUGCAUGUAAUAGUAAUACUCAACCAAUUAGGUACACAACAGAUACACUGUAAACAGAACUGCCUUUUUAAAUGGUACAGAAGUGCCUUUUACUAAGCUACAGCAUAACGGGAGUCAUAAUGUGUUCUUAACUGUCUUUUAAUAUGUUUGUAAAAUAUGUUUUGAGUAUUGUGCAAUUGUAAUUAUAUACAUUUUACAUUAGAUUAAUCAGGUGCUAUAUGCAGGUCCUGACAUGUGGGGCCAACUACAGGGUGCACUGUCGAUACAUGUUUACAUUAAAUAUCCAUACUGUGUGGUGAAUGGUAAUCCCUUAAUUCCUUGUCUUGGUGCAGAGUACACAUACAAAUAUGCAUGGUCAUACCUUUAGUAUGUAAGUUUUUAUGUAUACGUGUAUAAAUAGUGAUAAUAUUUGACAGAUGUCCUUUGUCCUAUAAACUGUUUCUUGCUGUACUGUCUUUGCGGUUGUUCCUCCUUUGUGGGAAAAAAUAAUUUAUAUAUAUAUAUAUAUUUAUAUAUUUAUUUAAUCUCUAUUUUUUCAUGAAUAACAUGUUUCAAUAAAAUAUAAAUUUUAA